CUGCCCUCCCGUCGCCAUUUUUCGGUCUCGUACUCGCACUUCUGGUGGCUCGGGUGAGGGGGGGACGAGCAGAAAUAAGGGAAAGUAUAAAAUAUUGAAUCGUUAAGCCGGAGAUCCCUCGUGAGCGGUCGGGAAUGCACGCGAGAGCUACAGCAUAACGUUCCAGGUCCUGAGAUGCACGCGCAGGAGACAAGCCGCUGCUGCUGAAAUAAUUUUUUGUGUGAAGACGUGUUGCGGGCCGCCAUUUUUUUGCUGUGCUGCCUUAAAAGUCUGCUCCGACUCGAGAAAGGGAUUCAAAAACGCAUUUCCAUGACGCGUGCCUUACCGUAAGAUCAAGAAGAUACCAAGUAAUCAUUUCGUUUCCGACCCGCGUCAACUGGCAGCCUUUUGCGGACAUGAGGAUUUAUCAGAUGAAAAACUGAGGCCACCUUUUCCGUUCUCACAACUGACACUUAGUGGAGGAGAUAAAUUAUUAGAACAGAAGUCUGGUGUUUUCUCGGAAGGCGGAACGAAAAGGGGAAGCUUCAUUGAUCAUUUGUUGCUUCGGCCUCCGUCGAUGUUUGUCGGAAGUUGUUUUAUUUUUUUCUAUUUUGGCCGCUCCAACAAUCACUCAGCCAUUGACUGCUGAACACAGGAACCACAUUAUGCUCCAAAGUUGGAUCAAGCCAGUCGCAGCCUGCCUCUGAAAACGUCAGGUUGUUUUUGUUUUUUGUUGUUGUUUUUGUUUUGCUUCUUUCACAAGAGGUCUACGGAGCCUGCAGCGUCUGUGCAGAAAUCACUCGAAAAACCUCACAGGGCGACGAAUGCCCUGCCCUGCAUCUUCCAAAUCCUCCAGUUUGCGAAAUGUCAGCUGCUCGGUUUGAUUCGUCUGAUCGGUCCGCCUGGUAUUUUGGACCCGUGUCACGACAAGAGGCACAGAAUAGGUUACAAGGACAGAGACAUGGCAUGUUUCUCGUUCGAGACUCGUCGACCUGCCCCGGCGACUACGUGCUGUCAGUAUCUGAAAACUCCAAAGUGUCUCACUAUAUCAUCAACUCCUUGCCCAGCAAGAGGUUUAAAAUAGGCGAUCAAGAAUUUGACCACCUCCCUGCUCUCCUGGAGUUCUACAAAAUCCACUACCUGGACACGACCACUCUGAUAGAGCCAGCACCCAGGUACCCAAGCUCAGUGUGUGCUCCCAUCCAGCCCAUGGGCGGCCCAGAGGAGAACCUGGAGUAUGUGCGGACUCUAUACGACUUCACUGGCAGCGAUGCAGAGGACCUUCCCUUCAAGAAGGGGGAGAUCCUGAUCAUCCUGGAGAAGCCAGAGGAGCAGUGGUGGAGUGCCAAGAGUAAAGAGGGGCGUAUCGGGAUGAUCCCCGUGCCCUACGUUGAGAAAGUGGUACGACCUCCGCCCCACUCUGGCCAGCCUUCCCAUGGGUCUCGCAACUCCAACAGCUACGGGAUCCCAGAGCCUUCCCACGCCCUCGUCCACGCCUACGCUCAGCCCCAGACACCUUCACCAUUGCCCCCCAGCACACCUGGAGCGGUUAUCACCCCUCUACCGUCCAUGCAGAACGGCCCCGUCAUGGCAAAGGCCAUUCAGAGACGAGUGCCAUGUGCCUAUGAUAAGACAGCUCUUGCUCUAGAGGUUGGCGACAUCGUCAAGGUUACACGCAUGAACAUCAACGGUCAGUGGGAGGGAGAGGUGAACGGACGACGGGGUCUCUUCCCAUUCACCCAUGUCAAAAUCAUAGACCCCCAGAAUCCGGAUGAGAGUGACUGACCUUUGACCGGAGCCUCUCACCAGUAUCAGUGUGUACCCGAAUCUGCUGGCUGUCUCCACCUUUUCCCGCCAGUGUCACCACGGUUACGUGCUUGCCUGCUUGGGGCUGUACCAUGAUAGCGACCCCUCUGUUGUUGCCAACCGUUGCAAGGCUUUCUGACUGUUUACAGCUUUGGACAUUGGAUCCAAACUAAAACCUGACCCCACUUCUCCCCAGUUCCCUUUUCCCGUGUCUUGGUUCCAGGCUGGGCAGUGUUUUUGCAUUAGUGUCCUUUUCAUUUCCAGAUCACUGGGCAUCAGUUUGAGUGUUUGUGUGUGCGUGUGUGUGUGUAGGUGCAGGUGUGUGCGUGUGUGUGGUUGUGUGUUCACAGUAGAUAUUUACCACAUUACAUCACAGAAAACAUGUCUGUUUUUUAUUUGAUUUCUCUGAAUAUUUGUUAUGUUUGAAGUCUUGGGGACUUUAGAAAAGUGUUGGUGUGCGUUUGUUUUGUUGAUGUGAGGAUAUUUGUACGAAGUAGGGAAAAAGCAAUGUCCCUAUGGACUUGGGAGAGCACUGAGGCUAUGAGGAGUUAACCAGCCAGUCAAAUGUUAACAAUCAAGUCACUGUUGUACCUUAACCAUCACACAAGCACACACAUGUACACACACUUACUGGCCAUGAGGUAUUCAGGUUGACAGUUCUUUGAUGUGUAUGUGAUGUGCGACUGGAGCCAGGAGGAAGCAGAGUAGAUGGGUUUGUGGAAGAUCUCGCUUGUAACUUGACAUUACAGAUCCCAUAAUCCCAUCCAACCUGGCACAAGUUUGGCUGACGAGACUUAUUUAUCUUUUGUUAAUAAGACAUGACACGGCCAUAUGUGAUUUCUUUUUUUUUUUCUUAGUUGUGCCACAUGAUCAACAUUAGUUUUUUGUUUAUUUGUUGGGGUUUUUUGUGACAUGGAGAAGAUUUAUGGUAGAGGGGUAAUUUUGCAUGUCUACUUGGUACCUCUCUUUCCUGUCAUUCUCAUCAUUUUGAACUAAAUGGACAUUGCUUAGAGAUUAGCAGGUUUUAGUGCCAACAGCACAAAGCACUAGAAGAUAUAUUUCAACUUUUCUGCAUAGGAGUGCCAAGCUUUGAACAGGUUUCCAAAAGUCAAAUAGCAAUGGCAGUAGCCCUGGCCAGCACUUCCCACGAGCAUCUGACUACAAGGCUAGCUGCAAACACAGUGUGGGCACUUGGGCUAAAGGCUUUCCACUGAGGUGAGAAGCUCCGCUUUCAGUGGUGUAGGGUCAGGGAAGGAGGAAGUGUCUCAGCAAGCCAAUGAGAUCCCAUUAAUGCCUUUUUCAGAGAGUAAGAUAAAUGCAUCUUUUAGUGCAUGCAAUCCCCCUCUCUAACCUUAUGUUUUUAAUGUGAUGUUAACUCCUGUCAAUUUAGGAUUUCAGCCUGCUUUAUUCCUUAAAUAUUCGGUCUGUGCACAAGUUUUUGACUCUUUUUAUGCAAACAGACUCAUUCGGAGUAGUGGAAAGCGUCUUUGUUAGUACUGUGCUUCAACCAAUUCUAUUUGACCAGUAGGAGCCGAGGAUUAAAAACAGUGCAGACACCUAGAUUUCUGCUGUAAAAAUGAACCAUUUCGCUCACUUGUCCCCCCCCCGCCUAGUGCUCUCUGUUUGAAUCACUGCUCGGCCAUUCACUCAGAGUAAUGAGCAGCUUUUAGUUGUUUCCCAAUUUUGUUUUUUGUUUUUUUAUUUUGUCAGUUUGUAGUCAGCUAUUAAAUCAAGCAUUUUUGUUAAAAUGAGUGAUGUUAUUAAACAAAAGUACCUAAGGUGACAUUUACAAAAGGGAAAAAUGCCUGCUGGUUGCCUCUGUGCAUGACCUCUUGGCUGGGGAGAUGGUCCUCCCCAGCCAAAUGCUGCUUAAUGUCAUUUAUUUCCUUAAAUAAAGGUUUCUCUUAUUUUAACCCCUCUUGGUCUGUGCAAACAAACCAGUGUGGGUUUUCCUCAUCAAACAUAAUGGAAUCUACUAAUUAAGCAAUACACCCUGAUUAGUUCCUUUCUUGAGGUGAACUCGCUUUUCUCAUGCUUCUGAGUUGUUUUGUAAAGGCAUUAACAGUAUUACUGUGCUCUCUUCUCAUAUUCUAGGAAAGCCUGUCUUUUACUUAAGAAUUGAAAAUUGUGCCUUUUAUUUUCUUAUACCAUUUACAUGUGUUAAUAUUUCCCAUGGUUAACACCUGUGCUGGUAUUGACCCUUUAUGUACAGAACAAGUAAAUAAAAUUUACGUCUACUUCUUUAA